AUGGACCCACAGGUGACUACAGCGGAGAACCCAGCCUACGAGGUCGGCAAGGACAUUACGUUUCUGUGGGACACGGAUUUUGACCAGAUUGAUCUGGUUGUGUGGAGCGACGCGUCGGAUAAGCUCAAGACGUCUCUGUAUAAGAGGCUCGCAGUGAAUCUGUCGAGCAGGGCGUAUACUUGGAAGCCCAGUUUCGAUGGAUUUCCUGCCGAGGCGAAGACGCUGGGGGUCUUUUACCUGACCUUCUAUCAGGCGGGAACCGUGAAGCAGGCUGCCCAGUCGCAUUACUUCAAUAUCACCGAUACGUCGGCCGCUUCGGCUUCGGCAUCGGCUUCAGCUCCAGCGCCGACUUCAGAGGUGACAUCGACAUCUGUGCCGACUUCUGCAGGCACGGCGACGACACCAACAGCGUACUCGCCACCCUCAUCAACAUCAUCGCCUUCAGCAUCCACCGAUGCCGCGGUGCAGCAAGAUGGAAGUGACAGCAGCGGAAGCGGUCUUUCUGCUGGCGCUGUGGCUGGCAUCGCCAUCGGGGCAGCCCUGGGGACAUUACUUGCUGCUGGUGCUGCAGCAUUCCUGGCAUGGAAACGGCAUCAAAAGAAGAGCGGAGCCGACAAAUCAGGCCCUGGUUCAAGAGGCAGCGCAGCAUUCGGUGAUGCUGCGGCUCAGGGAUACUACGCGCCAUCCGGGUACGCGCCCUCAGGCCAGUACACGUCGCCUGCAUCGUAUACAUCGCCCUCGCAGUAUGGCGGGUACUCCGCAGAGUGGAAGCGCCCGACGGUGCAGCCCGUCGAGCUGGCAACGGACAGAACUCCUGAGCUUGGGGGUGGGACCGAACAUGUGGAGGAGCUGUCGACGAACAGGCGCAGCGCGAUGAGUUAA